UUGAUCCUUCUGCUUUGCCGUCGUGCUGCAGGAAGCCACAUUGUGUUUUGCGUUUGCAGAAACGCGACAAAGAGCCCUGUUCCUCAUAUUUCUCUCUGAAUUUCUCUCUAUCUAAUGCCGAAUUGAAAAGGAUUAUUGAAGCUAUGUUGUAGUUGAAAUGAAGGCGUUGAAGAGAGUGUAGCGAAGCGUUUAAACGAUUUAAAGUUGAGGUAAAUACAAGAUAAGCUAGCUGGACACACACUGUAGGUCGUUUCUAUUUAUUUUUCUGUUCCUCUGAGGGCCUUUCAUCUAAAAUGAUGAACUACUCAGACUACGACUCUGAUGGGUAUUCAUCUAAUGAAGACGGAGACUACGUCCCUUCAGAUGAUAACCUCAGUGAGGAUGACAUUAAUGAGUGUGAGAAAGAAGAGCCUCUGCACCAAGAUGAUGGUGUGCCACAUCCUGACAAAGAUGGCAAGAAGAAGAGGAAGAAGACAGACCUGAGUGUGAGGAAGAGGAAGAAAGGAGUCCUGAAAAUAGACAAAGAGGAGGAGGGUGAGGGAGCAGAGGAAGCUCCGUUUCCACAGGAGGAGGAGGAGAAGACAGUGCGUGGAGGCGAGAAGGAGAAUGAGGCGAAACAGAAGAAGAAAUCAGACGACCUCUGGGCCAGCUUCCUGUCUGAUGUCGGAACCAGACCCAAAGAAUCGAUGCCGGCCUCGCAGUCCAGCUCCACACAGAAGGAUGGUCCGUUGCUACAGAAAGUGGCUCCUACGAGGACAGAAACUAAAGUGCCGGCUAAAGUCACCAUCACCAAAGUGUUUGACUUCGCUGGAGAAGAAGUAAGGGUGGAUAAAGAGGUUUCAGCAGACUCCAAAGAGGCGAAGACUUAUCUGAAGUGUCAAAACACCAAACAGGAAGAAAACAGAGAAGAAGAGACGGAGGAAUCGUCGCCCAGCGGACCUCCUCAUGAGCCCAGUGGGAAGCGUCCUGCAGGUAUGGGCAGCCUGCUGAAUCGAAUCGGAGGAAAGAAACAGAAGAUGAGCACGCUGGAGAAGUCAAAGAUGGACUGGGACGCUUUUAAAUCAGAGGAGGGGAUCACUGAGGAGCUCGCCAUCCACAACAGAGGCAGAGAGGGGUAUGUGGAGCGGAAGAACUUCUUGGAGCGUGUCGACCAUCGCCAGUUUGAGUUGGAGAAAGCAGUGCGACUGAAUAACAUGAAACAAUGACAAGGACUGACAGCACACACAUAAAGAGACACACACACACACUCACACCCUGUAUCUCUCUGUGUGUCUCGGCAGAGUCUCUGUUCUCUCAGUGAAGCGAGCUCAGACUGCUGCUGAGGUUUGGAUCUAUUUCAGGAUGGAGUAUUAUUAGUGUCGGAGUGUGUGACGGUGAGUGUUUGAAUACUUGUGAGAACCUUCAAACCUUCACACUCAGGACAUUUUUAGGACAUGAGGUCACUCGCCUGGUUUACAUCCUCUAGGCGCUGGUUUAGGUCUGAGCUCUACGGAUAUUUCAUAUUUUGUCUUUUCACUGUAGUUUUGUGCGAUUGUUCUUUCCUUAACCAUGAUAAUGUACACUCUUUGUUCAUGUUGAAAACUGGGAACACAGCGAAGUCAUUUAAAAGAGUCUGACAGUUAAAGACACAAGCCGUCAGAUGGUUUUACUUUGGAAAUAAAACUGAGUUUAAAUAAACCAGAGUAAGGGCCUGUCUCCACUAACGGAGUUUUUGAUGCUAGCUCAUUUUCUACACAAACCAGUGGAGUUCAGCAUCUGCACCAUUCGGCGUCCUGAGCACUGGAACACCCUCCAUGCCUGCUGUGCUCUCAGAUCCACUCAUCAAUGCCACUCCUCCAAUCAAGAUCGAGAAGGGGCGGGACUUCCUUUAUAAACUCUUUCAACAGCACUGGCAGAGGACAAACUGAUCCAGGUGCUCAUUGGUCAAAUCCUGAACUCCACACCCACAGAUUCACAGACUUGAAGGCCCGUCCCUGGUAAGUGUGUGUCAGUGUUCAGUGCUGUGUGUGAGGGCUCUCUGAUGAGGGCCUCAAAACACCAAAUCACACUCUCUCCAUGAGUCAUCAUCUGCACAGACUUCACUGCGUCUUAACAGUUGUAUAUUUUUUUUAUCUGUGUUUUCUCUAGCUGUGGAUAAAACAUGUUGAAAACA